AUGCCUGAAGACAAAGGGGCCACAAACGCCACGGGCCCCAGGGGGGAUGGGGCGCCAGUGGAAAAACAGAAACGUGAGUGUGACCUGGACAUUCAGCGUUCAGCGUCCCGUGUUUCCCUGCGAAUCCGCUGCCACUCCUUCAUCGGGUUUCAUUCAUUUGGCUCGCACUUUGUUGAUCUUUAUUGUUUAAAGUCUUCCUCUUUGUGUGUCUUCAGUCGUUUGGAGAGUAAAGUUCAGAUGUUGGAGUCCCUGCAGAAAGGAGAGCUAGAAGACAUGAGGGAGGAGAAGAACAGGCUGCAGUCUGUGGUCAGUACUCAGAUGACGGCCAUCGAGUCUUUAGAGAGGCAGCUGAGAGUCGCCAGCAUCAACAACACCGCUCUGCAGAGGCAGCAGGCUCAGAUCAUGGAGUCAGUCCACACACUCAUUAACAUGGUGGCUACUACAGGGUUACUUCCUGGAAGCCAGAUGUGGAAAGACUGUGCAGAUGCUUACAAGGCCGGUCACUCUGACAGUGGCCUGUAUCAGAUCUAUAUCAACAACAGGACUGAACCUGUGCAGGUGUUCUGUGACAUGGAGACAGGUGGAGGCGGCUGGACGGUCUUCCAGCGAAGGUUUAAUGGCAGCGUGGACUUCCAGAGAAGCUGGAAGGAGUACAAAAUGGUCUGGUUUUGGGAUGUGUUAGGGGAACACUGGCUGGGUAAUGAAGCUUUGUACCUGCUGAACAGUCAGGGUCAGUACUCUAUGAGAGUGGAGCUGAUGGACUGGGAGGGAAACCCCGCUCAUGCCUACUACGACCGGUUUACACUGACCAGUGAGAUACAGCAGUACAGGUUGUAUCUGAGAGGUUACAGUGGCACAGCAGGGAGGCAGAGCAGCCUGGCAACCAAUGGGAUCAGCUUCAGCACCCGAGACCAAGACAACGAUAACUGUGACCACUGCAAGUGUGCCCUGAUGCUCACUGGAGGUUGGUGGUUCGAUGCCUGUGGUUUCUCCAACCUGAACGGUAUUUACUACACUGUUGGUCACAACAUCAGGAAGCUGAAUGGCAUCAAGUGGCACCACUUCAGAGGACCCAGCUACUCCCUGCGCUCCACCUCCAUGAUGAUUCGACCAUAUGACUUCUAACAACAUCUUUCUUUACACAUGACAGUAGAACCUUUGAUCCUGAGGACUGUCUAGUUUCAUGAUGGUACGACCCGAUUCCUAAGGCCCACAAGUAUGAAGAUGGUACGAUACUCCUCCCUAGGACAGUCCAGUAUCAUUUUGUAAGACUUUCGUCCCUAGGACCAUCCACUAUCACAAAGCUGGUAUCCUCUGCUCUGGGACCGUCCAGUUUUAUGUUAGUACGACCAUAGGAUUGUCCAGUAUCAAGCUGGUAUGACCUUCUGGCUCAUGACUGUCCAGUAUGGUAAUGGUACGAUUUUGCCAUAGGUUCUACCAGUAUCAUAAUUAUGGGCUCCUCUGCCUCAUGACAAUCCUGUAUUAUGACGGUAUGACCCUCAGCCUUGGGACUGUCCAGUAUCAUGAUGGUGCGACCCUCUGCCCUAGGAACAUCUAGUUUAUUGAUGGUACUGCUCCCUAACUAAGGAUUGAAGAAAUGGCUGACCAGUACAAUGGUAACACUACUGUAAAGCUUAGGACGGUUUGGAAUCAUGAUGGUACCACUUUCUCCCUAACAUGAUGGAGUGACCCUAAGCCUUUGAUUUUCCUGUAUCAAAGGGCAUGACCUUCAGCCCAAGGUAUGUCCAGUAUCAUGAUGGUAUGGCCCUUCUGCACUAGGACAAUCCAACAUCAUGAUGACACAACCCCCCAAGAUUGGACAAUCUAUGGAUGACCCUUGCCCUAGGACCAUCUAUUACCAUUGUGGUACAAAGUUCUGCCUAAGGAUCACCUAGUACUGGGAUAUUAAGUCCUCAGCUUUAGGUGAACUAGUGUCUUGAUUGCAUAAGCCUCUGCACCAGGACCAUCUGAUUUCAAAAAGGUUGCAACCCACAGCCUUAAGACUGUCCUGUAACAUGAUUGUAUGACAUGCUGCCUUGGCACUUGGUCUUGUUACAUUAUUAAAUCAACCAUGACCUUUGACUGUACAGCAUCUUAAGGACAUAACCUUCAGCCUUUGAACUGAUGGUAUCUUAAAAGUAUGAAACUCAGACUGAGUACAGUACAAGGACUGCAUUAGUACUCGCCAGUGUCAUGAUGGUACAACAUUUCUAAGGAUUGUCCAGUGACAUGACGGAAAGACCCUCAAUCUUUAUCUGUCUGUAUCAUAAGAUUAUGACCUUCAGCCUGAGGAAUGUUCAGUAUUAUUAUGGUAAACAUUUCUGCGCUUGGAGCAUCCGGGAUCAUGAUUGUAAUGGUAUGAUCCAUUACUCUUGGACCAUGAGAAUCCUGUUUGCUUGACCCUCAUUCUAAGGACUGUCAAGUAUUUGAUGGUAUGGCCCUUUGUCCCCAGACCAUCAAGUGUCAUAAUGGAAAGACCUUCUGCCCAAGAGUCGUCCAGUAUUACGAUGGCACAACCCUCUUGUUUUGAUGAUGGCAUAGAAGUCUUGGAACUUUCCAUUAUUAUGUUUUCCAUUAUAAUGAUUGUACAAACCUUUAGCUCUCCAUUAACGUAUGCCAAAUCAGCAACCCUAUCAACCCUGAAAGGGUUUUCUGGAAGAAUUUAAGGGUGUUCAACACUGCUACUAACAGAAGUAUGACCAAAUGGUUUGUUCACAUGGGACUUUGGCCACAAGCCUUAGAGGGAGUUUAUAAAAUACAAACACAGGUGCUGUGUAUUACAUACAGACAUACAUACAUGUUUCUUAAUGACAGCCAUCAUUGCUUCAGGAUAAAUUUGCACAUUCCACUAACCUCUACAAAAAGCCAACAAAGGAGGUCAAUAAUACACAUAACAACAUCAAGGAUGGUUUUAUCUAUAUCGCUUUUCUCAUUAAAUAUUUACAAAUUAAUUAUUUUAACAUUAUUUAAAGGUAGUCAGUAGCAAUAUUUUUUACAGCUUGCAAACACACAUUCAAACGUGGCCCCUCCUCCUGGGCUCAACAUCCCCAGAAGCUCACACUCACUGAAGGACGUAGUGUUUACAUUUACUGCAUGUAGCUACACUGCAAGCUACCGCACGCUAGCACAAGCUAACCAUUGGUGUUUUUGGCAAACAGAAAGCAGACCAACUCCUUCUGACAGACAACAGGUUUCACCCAUGUUUUAGAACGAGCUUUAGUAGCGUGGCAUUUUGCCUCACUAUGAUUUUUUUUUUCUGCUUUGCCGCUGCAUCUGCCAUAUUCGCCGGUUCAAAUUCCAUCAAAUCGCUGAAUUGUAUCCACUCCAAAACUCACCUGUGUGGGCUAGAGGAAAAAAAAACAGCUCCCUGCCCAGAAAAGUCCCGUGCCAACCAAACAAACCAAACCAUGAAAAUCCAGACAGAGGACAGAGUCUCUGCAGACACAGUCCCCACCACACAUGAUUCGAGGCCCAGAAGGGACAAUGGAGCAGCUUUACUUAGGAUAAGUCUGUUUUUUAUUUUAUUUUGGAAAAAGCUGCUGACUUUAUCUCUAAGAAUGACAACUACACACAUCACACAGAAAGACAAUUGAAUAAAUUGAAAUAUCUUAUUACUACCAUCCAUUCAUUUGACGGCUGAUUGAAUCACAAUGCAUUUGAGGGACGUUAACAUAAAAAUAAAGUUCUUAGAGAAGUCAAUGUGCAAAAAAUCUUAUUCAAAAACUUAAAAUUCAUUUUUUAUAUGUGGGACUACUACAGGUCACACAUAUUAAAUAGAUCAAAGGAAUUGAAGGACAUAUGAGUAGGUUAUUAUUUAAUGUUUGAGCAUUUUUUUUGUCAUCAUAUGAACUGUGUUUUCAUGUCACAAACCUGUUUAUUCCAGAUUAUUGACAGGAUUAAGAUAUGUUUGAAAGACAUCUGAGAUAUGAAAAAUGAUUUUUUUGUGGUCAUGUCAUGUAUCAUUACCAGUGAAGACUAUUGGAUCCACAGUGAAAAAACUGGACAGGGUAUGUAUGAAUGUGAGUGUACAAAAAAAUUGUAAUGUGUGGAUUAAAAGAUGUUUGGGUAA